UUAUGCUAACAUUAUUGUCAGUUUGAUGUCAUACAGAAAGAUUCUGGAAUUCUGCAAUGUUUUUUUUGGAAAUCCAAAUUAAACAUACAGAGAUCCAGCGUGUCUGGGGAUGUGGUACCAUUGCUACCAGCGCUGCGUGACUAAAGUACAAUUGAAUUAAUACUUUUGUUAUACCCAGGUCUAGGUACAUAUAUGUAUGGGCUAUAGCUGACUAUGGAUAGUUAUCCAUAAUUACGUACGACUUGCCUAACCUUUAAAUUGAGAGAUGUAAAUAUUAUAACUUUAGAAGCUCACAGAUUUGUCAAAUGUAUGACUUAUGCAUACGUGAUAGCAGUUUAAAAUUCAUUUAUUGUAAUUUUACAACUUUAAAAAUAAAUAUACGACAUCGUCAUGCUUUGAUGAUUCAUUCCCCUAAUUUUACUGUGGUUUGUGGUCUGGUUCAUUUCACACUGUCCGAAAAGUAAACACAUCUCUUUUAUCAUUAAAUAUUGACUUACAUUUUUGACUGGGUCUUUAGCACAUAAAGUAAGCUUGACUAUAUGCCAUUUACUCCGUAUUCCAUCACUACGAGGAUUCUCCAACUUUCACAAAUGUGUGCUACAUUAGUGACGUAUUUAGGGACUGUCGAAUUUAUUUGAGGUAGUAAAAUUAAAAAUAUAAUCAUGCAUCAGUUUUCCGACAAGGACACUGCCAUUCUUCACAUCGUCCAACGCACCCCGUGUGUGGAACCCCUCAUCAAAAUCUUGAGACGGAAAGGAUUUCCUACCGUAAAUGAGAAAGUUCAGAGUACGCGUUACAUGACAUGUCGUCGCAUGUAUGACAAAUUGCUGCAAGAAUGUCAUUCUUACUCGGAGGAAAAAUCGGACCAACUAAAAAAAUAUUUUCAAGACACUGGAAAUGGAGAAGUUGGUGAAAUGCUCUACACCUUAACCAAGGCUCCAGGUCAACCCCUUUUCCUGGGAGGUGAAAGCGAUCACUACAGACUCACAAAGACUGACGUGAGUACCUCCUCGCGUGCCAUGUAUCGCAUAUUCCGUGUCGCCAAGAGUGGAAAUGCUUCAAAGUUGGAAGCUUUAUUGAGAGGAGUUGCUCUAAAAUGUGCCGGUUUUGAUUGUCCCCUCACGUCAAGUGUGAAACCGCAUGCCAUCGCAGCAGUGAACUUGUUUAAAUAUAGGGAAGCUCUAGGCACGGUUCUCCUUUCGAAGAAAGACUGGCUGGACACGACGAUUCUGCAUGUGCCUGUCCACGGAAGAUCCAUUCCAUGCAUUGACGUGGUGCUGCAAUACGCUCAGGAGGCCCAUAGGAAGGGGGAUGUUCUGGAUGCUCGGGAUGCUCUUGGCCAAACAGCGUUGCAUCACGCAAUCCGAAGAAAGUAUGUGCAAGUCACAAAAAAAUUAAUAUUGGAAGGUGCAGACCUAUUUCUGAAGAACAAAGUCGGAGAAUCUCCGCUGGAACUUAUUUUACAAAAGCUACCAGGAAUUAUGACGUUUAUUUUGGACAGGGCAGUCACUGUUAGUGGUGAAAUUGCAAGUGAAAGUAUAUUUCUCAAUAUUGAUUUUGGAAUCCUGACUGCUCUAAUCGAUGUCAAGAGUAACAAGGUCGAAAGUCGCAUCAAGCUUUCUAGAGGCACCACAAUCAUAACCGGGUUCAAUUCGAAUGACUACAGUAAAAACGUUGUGCUCGAAUUUGAAAAUGAGAAUGGAGAAGACUCGCCAAUGUUGUCAUUGUCAAACAGUCCUACGUUACAGCCAGAACAAAAAGAAAAGAACGACGCAAAGGAUGGUACAAAUAAAACCAAAAAAAUCGACUUUGAAGUUAAGAAUGAUUUGAGAUCAAACCGAAGAGAUGAAAUGGCUGUGUUGGGACAUUUAAUUAGAUUAGGUCACAAAAGCUGUUUCGAUAUUUUGGAAAAUCCAGUUACACAAGCGUUUCUUGAUCUUAAAUGGAAUCGAAUGCGAUAUCUUCUCUGGGUAACGUACACCGGGUUAAGAAUAGGAAUUUAUGGACUCUACAUUUUUCUAAUGUAUCAAGUAUAUUUCCACCAUUGUCCUCUUCAUGGAAAUAAAGACACGAGUACCGAAGAAGUAUCGGUAAAAUGUGGCUGGUCACAGUGGACGCAAGCGCUUCUUCCUAUCGUCCUCGUUUUUAAUUCAGUCUUUCUACUCCACGAACUUGUCAAAGCGUCGGAUUUAAAUAAAAUGACAGAUUUUAAAAGAUAUUUGUUAAGCGACCCUGGUCCUCAAGUGUUUAUACGACUACUUUUUCAGUCCAUAGUCGUUGGAACCUGCCUCCCACCUUUUCUGGAUGGAACUCUGGAUGGCUAUCAAUACAUACUGGCCACAGUCGGGAUUUUGAUAUGUGCCGGUCUUAUUUUGCAAGUCGUGGGUAACUCGAACUGCAAUUUUGGCAUUCACUCCAUUUAUAUUCAUGUUUAUGGAAAAGUAAUGCUGCGAUUCAUGUCAGUCAUCGCCACUUUCUCGCCACUAAUCAUCUCAUUCAGUCUGGCCUUCAAUAUUAUGUAUCCUCAUAUGCAGCAAUUUUCGUCCUUUUUCCGAUCCCUGCUUCGCCUAGUGAUCAUGCUCCAAGGAGAAUUUGACUUUGAAGACAAAUUGUACAAUCAGCUACAAACAGGAGAUGCAUCGGGAACUAUUAAUGCGACAUUAUCAUCUUCACAUCUGUCGGCGAAUGACGAAGUUCUAAUAUUUUGGUCAGGACAGAUUCUCUUCUCGAUACUCGGGUGUGUUCUGAGCCUUGUUCUCAUCGACGUUUUUCUCGGCUACACCGUCAGCGAUAUUACACAACUCAACAAACAAGCCGAAUUUGUCAGAAGAUGUAAUCAAAUCGAACAAAUGCAUGAGGCAGAACGCUUCAUAGGUUUGGCAGUUCGAUUUAUCGACCUCCUCGGGAUAAGCAGUGACUCCUUUGUGAAUCAUUUUAACGUCAUUUCUACUCAGAGGAGGUUGAAUUACAGAACCGACAUGGUGGUGGCAUUUGAAGAAUUGAAUGAAUCAAGACAAGCUCAAUUUAGACAAAUACUCAUAUAAUUAUAAUACCCGUGUAAAAUAAAUUGAAUGCUUAUGAAAAUAUAUAUUUCACUCAACA